AUGAAACAUAACAAUGAGCAAACAACAUUUUCUGCAACAUUUAUUUCUUAUGCAAAACAAGAAUUGCUCAUGUUCUUCUUGUUUUCUUUGCAUCAGCAUCAACAUAAACCACACCCGCCACUGAACACCUUAAAUUAUUGGCUUAUAAAAUUGCUUCACGUUUCUGAGUUUAUUUGUAAACAACGUAACAUUAAUAAAUAA